AUGAUUCUGCGUGGGCUCACCAGACUCAGGAGAUCUGGCUGCUAUACGCCGCGGCUAUUGCCUAAAUUCUCCACCACGCCUUCAUCUCUCUCUUCGAGCGGCGUCGAUGGCCACAGCACGUCGCCAUUCAACUUUGUUAAGGACGCAGACAGGGCACAGGACGAGUGCGAUGUAUGCAUCGUCGGCGCUGGUCCUGCUGGCCUCAGCGCUGCGAUCAAGCUCAAGCAGCUCAACGAGAAUCUCAGAGUUGUGAUUUUGGAGAAAGGUGCAGAAGUUGGAUCACAUAUUCUCUCUGGUGCCGUUAUCGAGCCAAAAGCGCUAGACGAGCUACUCCCAAAUUGGAAACAACUCGGCGCUCCACUCAACCAACCUGCUACAAACGACAGCAUGAAAUUUCUCACUAAAAACUACGCUCUGCCUAUACCACACCCGCCGCAGAUGUCUAACCACGGCAACUACAUCAUUAGUCUCUCCAGAUUAACUGCCUGGCUCGCUGAGAAGGCCGAGGAGCUGGGCGUUGAGAUUUACCCGGGCUUCGCGGCAGCUGGUUUGAACUGGGUGGAUGGAAAAGUUGGCGGCGUUGUUACUAACGAGAUCGGAGUCGGGAAGGGUGGUGAACCCACUGAACACUUUGAGCCUGGUAUGGUCUUCAACGCCAAAGCUACUCUCUUGUCCGAAGGCGCGCAUGGCUCUAUCUCCCAGAAAGUAAUUAACCACUUUAAGCUGAGAGAAGGUAAGGAUGAACAAACUUACGGUAUUGGUAUUAAGGAGGUAUGGCGUGUGGACCCAUCGAAACACCAAGCAGGCAACAUCACCCACACGGUUGGAUGGCCAAUCGACAACGAAACUUACGCCGGUAGCUGGUGCUACCAUAUGGAAGACAAUCUCGUAUCAAUUGGUCUCGUGAUUGGCCUCGAUUACCACAAUCCAUACCUCUCACCAUUUAGAGAGUUCCAGAGGAUGAAACACCACCCUGUUUUCAAGGAUUUGUUGGACGGUGGUGAGUGUAUAGCCUAUGGAGGUCGCUCACUUAAUGAGGGUGGUUUGCAAUCCAUCCCCCAGCUCCACUUCCCAGGUGGUGCGCUGAUUGGAUGCUCAGCUGGAUUCGUGAAUGUGCCCAAGAUCAAAGGUGUGCACAACGCGAUGAAGAGUGGUAUGCUUGCCGCGGAAACGGCGCACGAGAGUAUCUCGAAUGAGAAGGAUCAAGAGGUGGAAUUCCAACCUGCCUCUGUUGAUAUGGCAGGGUAUGAGGACAAGGUAAAAAAUAGUUGGAUAUGGAAGGAGUUACAUGAAGUGAGAAACAUCAGACCGUCAUUCCAUUCGGUGCUCGGAAACCUCGGUGGAUUGAUAUACUCGGGCAUCGACAGUCUCUUGUUGAAGGGACGGACGCCUUGGACAUUCCAUCACCCGGGACCUGAUUACGCCCAGACAAGACCAAAGCACGACUACAAGCCGAUCGAAUACCCAAAUCCAGACGGGAAAAUUAGUUUCGAUAUACUCACAUCGGUAUCGCGCACGUCUACGAACCACGAAGAGGAUGAGCCGUCGCAUCUGAAGUUGACGUCAUCACCCAAGUACCACACAGCGCAGAAUGUGGGUGUUUAUGGAGGAUUGCUUGGCAGAGCGUGUCCAGCGGCGGUGUACGAGUAUAGAGACACAGCUGAGGAUGGCGGGAAAGAGGAUGCUCUGGGGCAUAAAUUCGUCAUCAACUCGCAAAACUGCAUACACUGUAAACUUUGCUCGAUCAAGACACCGACGCAAGACAUCACAUGGACGACGCCACAGGGAGGUGGUGGUCCCAAGUAUUCUAUUACUUAG